AUGAUCUACACUGUCGCCACCGACGAUUGGGAUGUUUCAGAUGAUGAUAAAGCCAAAGCUCCCACUCCAGCUCCAGCUGCUGCGCCAAAGAAAAAGAAGAUGACCCUCAAGCAGAAAUUGGCGGAGAAAGAGAAAUUGGCCGCUGAAGCUCGAGCAAAUGGUUCGGGGGAAGACGAAUUGAUCGACCUUACCACUGAACAAGAUAAAAGACGACAAGCAAGGGAAAGAGAGUUAGAAGCUGAUUUAGCCGCUGCAUCGGAUUUGAUGGGAGCUACGAAUUUAGAUACUGCCGACGCUCUCAAAGCUGUCUUAUCAGCAGAACCAAAAACCAAAUCCGAUUUCAUUCUUCUUUCUCAAAACUUAAACGCAGCUCUACUUUCACGACACAUAUCAAACCCACUUUAUCCGAUUUUCGUAGAAUCUCUAGCUAAAGAUAUAUGUGAACCUCUGACCGCUGUUCAAACUAGGAAAGUAUCGAGUACUUUGACAGUGUUGGGAAAUACGAAACAACAGGAAGAAAGGGAUAAAGCGAAUGGGAAAAAGAAAACGACUGUGAAGAAAGGUGCCGUCGUCGUUGGUGGUGCUAAAUCUGGUGGAAAGAUUGAUACGGAAGUUUAUGAUGAUGUUUUGGAUGAUGAAGAUUUCAUGUGA